AUGAGAGAUGAUGAAUCUCUUACUGAAUUUCGUGCUAGAUUAUGUGACAUUACUAAUGAAUCUUUUGCACUAGGUGAAAGUUAUUUGGAUUCCAAGCUUGGGAGGAAGGUGCUCGGAGCUCUCCCUAUGAAGUUCAAGUCAAAAGUUACCUCCAUUGAGGAAUGCCAUGAUGUUGAUACCCUUGAUUUGGAUGAGCUUAUUGGUUCAUUGCAAAACCAUGAACUCACUAUGAAAAGAUGGUCCAAAGAAAAUAAAGUUUAUAGUGGAGUUGCCUUAUCUCACAAAGUUGCUGAAAAUCUUUUUGUGGGAGAUUCUCUUGAGAAUUUAGAUGGGGAAAAGGUUGCACUACUCACUAAAUUUUUGAGAAACAAUAUGAGAAAAGGCAGCAAUGAUUUUAGGGGAGAAAAUUCAAGAAAACCACCCAAUUUUCCUCGAAAGUCAACUAAUAUGGGUGAAAAGAGAAAUCCAAAGGGGAGAGCUCUGUCAGAAACCUGGAGUGACAACGAAGAUGAUCAAAAAUUUGUAGAAGAUGAUAGUCUGGAUUUGGAAGAAAACUACGUUGCUUUUACUGUUAAGACAUCAGAAACACCAUGUUCAGACACUAACUCAGAUGGAGUAUGCAGUGAUGAGGAUGACUUUGACCAGCAAAUUGCCUAUGAAAAAAUUUAUACUCAGUGGGUUAUUGUGAUAAAGAAGGCCAAAAGUGUGGAUGUUAAAGUGGGAGAACUCGAAGAAGAAAGGAGAAACUUGUUAGGAAAAGUUGAAUUUCUCACUUUGGACAUUGAAGAGAAGAGGGUUGCUCUAGAAGAAAUGCAAGUGAAGUUGCAUUAUGCCAAUAAAACCAUUGAGAUAUACACAUUUGCUAGAGAAAAACAUGGGGUCAGUUUCAAUCAACCAUUGGUUAUCAAAAAGAAAGAUCUUCCAAGUUCAUCUCAAGAAGUGCCUCCCAUUCGCCCUUCUCAUCUUGCUGCUUCUACAAAACCUCCAACCACAAGAAAAUUUAUUCACAUCUACCAUUUCUGUGGAAAAAAGGGUCAUGUUCUUCCAAGAUGUUUCAAGUUGAAUUUCUACUUGUCUCAGCUUAUAAAAACCUCUAAAGAUAAGCCUCAAGACUCUCUUGUAGGAAGAAAACUGUGGAGGUCGAAGAAUACUCAAACCAAGGCUCUAGUGGUUCAUACCUAUCUUCUGGCUUGUAACAGUGAUCAAUGGUACUUUGACAGUGAGUGUUCUCAUCACAUGACUGGAAACAAACUUCUUCUCAAUAAUUUUUUGUCUCGUGUUGAGGGAUAUGUCACUUUUGGUGACAAGAGCAAAGGAAGGAUCAUAGGAAGAGGAAAGUUGUGUUUGCAAGGUCUACCUCCUCUGGAAAAUGUUCUCUAUGUUGAAGGGUUGAAGGCUAACUUGAUAAGUGUUAGUCAAAUCAGUGAUGAAGGGUGCACGGUUCUUUUCUCCAAGACUGACUAUACUGUUGUUUCAACAUCUGGAACCCAUGUCUUAAUAUGGAUAAGAUCUAGUGACAAUUGUUAUCUCUUGAGCACUAGCUUAAUGUGCAAUGUUGCAAAGAUGGAUGAUACUGAACUGUGGCACUACAAGUUAGGUCAUUUGAACUAUAGAGAUCUCAGUAAACUUGUUAGAUUUCUUAGAGAAAAACCUAACUCUUUUGAGAAUUUCAAGGGAUUGUGUCUUUCUUUGCAAGUUGAAAAGGGUGAAAAGGUUAAGAAAGUGAUUCGUCUUCGAAGUGACCAUGGCAAGGACUUUGAGAACAACAUCUUUGCUGAUUUUUGCAAUCAAGAAGGGAUAGCUCAGAAGUUCUCGGUGCCCAAAACUCCUAAGCAAAAUGGGGUUGUGGAAAGGAAAAAUUGA